CAGGAAAAAUGCACUACUUUCUUCACUCAGAACGAGAAUUGUUUGUAAUCAUUGACCCAUUUCUAUGGUCUUCUAUCGCGUCUGGAUACCGGUUGGACGGGGCAGAUCGAAUCUUUUCAUGGAGGAAUGGUUCCCUGACGGAUCAGUACAACGUCAACGUACAUUUUGUUACACAGGAAACACGAUGGAGGACGUUAACGGUUACAUCCAAAUGAUCGACUUCUCUGCGUACAGCCUGGGUACAACAGACAUAGACGAGGCAGCCGUUCAAGCUCUGUCCGAGAAUCUGAUGCAUUCCUUCACCACGUCUGGAUUCGCCUACCUGAAAAACACGGGGAUUACUGAUGAGCAGGUGACCUCUGUGUUUGAUGUUGCCGACAAGUUCUACGAUCUGCCCGUCGAUGUGAAGCAGAAGUACAGGAGAAACGAGACAGACUUCCACGAGCGGCACGGCUGGGUCUGCAUGGAGGGAGAAAAUUUGGGCAAGCUGAAUGGUUUACAACGACCACCAGACCUAAAGGAGCUCUUCAACAUCAAACCCCCACUCUCGGGCGGAGACAGUUGGCCAAGCGAAGUGCCAGAGUUUGAGGAAACGUGUAUGGACUUCUUCAACCAGGCUCACGAUCUGGCCAAGAGGGUAUUGGAGCUGAUCGCUCGGGGUCUGGGCACAGAGGCUGCAGAUUUCCUGGACAUGUUCAAGUUCAUUGGGAAGGGCCGUAACUCCAGCCACCUGCGGUCCAUCCGCUACCCGCCUGUGCCGGAGACCGUCAAGGAGAACCAGGUGCGGUGUGGCGAGCACACGGACUUCGGCUGCAUCACUCUGCUGUUCCAGGACAACGCUGGGCUAGAGGUUGCCAAGGGUGACGGUGAGUUUGUCGCAGCGCCACCUAUCACCGAUACUGUUGUCAUCAACAUCGCAGACACCUUGCAGAGGUGGUCAGCUGACAAGUUGGUGUCUACGAAGCACCGAGUGAUGCUGCCAUACACGCCCGAGACCCGGGGAACCACCCGCCGCUGUGUGACGUUCUUCACCCACCCUGACUUCGACGCCGUGAUGAAGUGUCUGGACGGCUCCGACAAGUACCCGCCUGUCCGGGCCGAGGAUUACGUCGCCUCCAGGCUGCGCAAGAUGUACCUGUGAAGCUGUGAGCGUAGUGAAGGCUGUACACAGCACGAUUACACAGUUUUUCAUAAAGAGGGAAAGGUAAAAUCGAGAUCCCACAUCAAACAGGCUAUUGAAGAUGCCACUUCAAACAGUUAAUCAGAUAGGCCAUGUAAUCUCGCUACAUAUACGUUUACAUAUAUAUGACUUAUGCAUACAUAUACAGUGGAUGUCUCACGAUUAGUAUGGAGUAAGGUUAUAAAAGUUUCAAGUGUGAUUGUCUGGUCACCUUGUUCUAUUUGUCUUCAUUGUUAUAUUUGUUACAGUAGUACUGGAAAAACUGGAAAGUAGUACUGGAGUGUGAUAGGGUAUUAAUUUCCGCCUUUUCAAUUUUAGAGAAAAGACAUUUCUUACCCUUUUCUGCGUCCUCUUUAUAAACCCAUUAUAUUCAUACUUUUGCAUUUGCCCGAAUUUUGGGGGUAUACAUAAAAUUUGUUUUGGAGAACAUCAGUCUUUGCAGAAAAGAGUUUUUCAGCACCGUGUGUACGAAAGGACACAUUCCACUAUUAACAAGUAUUGAUAGGUGGCAUUGUGAGACUGUCUGUUAUGAUUAAUUUCGAGUUUUCCAUUGUUUACACAUGUACGACUAGGCAAGUGAUUCUUGUGUUAUUUGUAUCGCAACUCAAUUAAAUGAGUUAAAA